AUGAUCGAGGACGAGGACUCGUCUCCUGAGUCCAACGGCGCCGACCAGCACACCAUCGACCGUCAAGACGAUCUGGGGUCGCUCAGCAGAUAUGCCGACGCCCCAAACAGCAUCACCGGCUCGCUGAGCUCAUUGCCGCCCGGCACGCACAUCAAUGGCGGCCCGCCUGCCAAGCGGCCCAGCGCAGGAGAGGCCGACGCGCCGUACCUUCAACGUCCCUCGGCCCCCGUGCGAAUGCCGUCCAAUACGUACAACCCUUCCACAUCACGGAAGCCCGCUCCCCAGUCGCAGGCGUCCUUCUCGGAGGGACCCCGAUCCUCGUCCAAGACGCGACCGCGGCAGAGCGACAGCCGCUUUCGGGCGCAAGAGAGAGCAUACGUCCAGACGUUGCGGCAAGGGGGCUACACGGGCGAAUAUUUUAGCCAGUUCCAGGCACAACCCGGAAACGAAUCGGACUCGGAGGGCGAGACCCCAUCCUCUGAGGGUCCCUUUGAUGACCGCCUCGACCAAGAGACCAUCAUGUUCUACGGCAACGACGACAUACAGCCGACGGAAGAAGACAUCUCAAUACCCGAAAACCGGGAACGGUUGGAGUGGCACGGCAUGCUGGAGGCCGUAUUGACGGGAGAUGUCGUCCGGCAGGAGAAGAAGCGCCUGAUCAAUGCUACCGAUACCACCACCAACAGGGCGACAUACAGACAGGAGCUGUGGCUCGAGCUCCGAGCUGAAUCGUGUGGAAGGCGUCUUCCGGUUCAGAAGCGCAUGGUGGAGGAUGGCCGGGCGAGCGUUGAUCGUCUCUUGGACGAAGUCAUCAACUUCGAAGUCAAGGGAACCAACGAGGCGGGGAAGCCACCCUACGAGCAAGUCAAGGACGUGGUCAAGAAGCUUGAAAAGUGUCAGAGCAUGUAUCCUUCUUGGUCAGCUCUCGUCGCCGAGCACAAAACCGCCGUUUCCCCCCAGUUCUUGGAAGCCUACGAAGCCAUCAUGUCUUGGUAUAACAUCAACGAGAUGAUCAACACCGAGCUCGCAAUUCUCAAAAAGUGGGUGGGCAACGAUGAGCUGGACUUUUCCAGGACCAAGCAGCGUUCCCCGGCCGUCGACGGCAUCACCACGGAUGAGACUUCGUUCCUCGAUAGGCUGAUGAAGGAGGACGGCCUCCAGUCGCUGUACAACGAGAACGCAAAGGUUAUCCUCAGGGGCGAGUUAGUCCAGCUAGGAAUGCUGGUGCCGAUAUCAAACGUCAUCAAAAAAGCAAAGGAGACGCUAAUCUAUAACUCGGCCCCUUUUCAGAAACGACACCUGCCGCCAUACCUCGACGAGCUGCUGACCCUCAUCAGCUUUCCUUCACGCCUGAUUGAGGAGAUUACAAAAACGCGACUGGAGUAUGCCAAGAAGAUGAAGGACACGGCCCAGCAAAAUCCGUUGAUGCAAGACCAGAUGAUCUCCCAGUUCCAGCUGCUCCUGCGGUUCGCCAUCAGGAUCAAGACUGAGUAUCUCGAGAUUGAGAAACCGGAACCCGGGUGGGACCUGCCUCCCUGCAUCGAUGAGACGUUCGAUGCGGUGGUGUUGGGGGCCCUCAAGUACUACUUCAAGCUGCUCAACUGGAAGCUCACCGGUAAUAAAAACACCUUCAAGGAAGCCGAGCUGUUGUUUCAGGAGUGGGAUUUUGCCAACCUAAUUGGCGGAAACCUUCAACGCGGUAACAUUGAAGUUGCGGAGCAGUUCAGUUCGCUGACGUUGAAGGCCUUUAAGCGACUGAGCACCAUGUUUGAGAGAGAGCUUUUGGAGAAGCCCAGCGAGAGCGGGCCAGAGAUGAGCAAGCGAUACAAGGCUGCCUUGGAUUCUGUGCGCGUCCGCCAGAGGAUGCUCCAGCGCUUUUCGAGGAGGCUGAGCGAAAACUACGAGCACGCCUGCGACUUUAACAUCUCUCUGGGGCCGGGAGAGCUGCAGGUGUUUUACGACCACCUGGUAGCGUCAGGCCACUUCCAGGUGGACACGUACGGCGUGUUUGAGUCUCUGAACAUCUACUUGAUUGCGUCUCCAGAAAUGAGGCACAGGCUUGACGACAUUUCGCCCAUGCUGGCCAUUACCUCUGCGGAUCGCUUCGCCGACGAUUCCGGCGAUCAGUACGUCCUCAUCCUUAAACCAGAGGCUCGCCUUUCAUGGUUUGGCGAGGUCGUGGGCGUGCCGGUCAAGGAGCACAAUAUUGAGAUGAAGACCGGGCAAGUUCGGCUCUGCACCACGGGUAGCGAUGCCAUCGCCAACGCGCGAAGGAACUUUCUCGACGCCAUCGACAUGCACCUUGACCUGGCAUUGGAGUCGCGGCCCAACAUUCACAAGGUCCACACGAGGCUGGCCGAUAUUCGCAGCACGGCCUACAAGCUAUCCAACGCAUUCAUGGAGAGCGUCGAGAUUAUCAGGAAACAGACGAGAGGCAAAGAUUGCCAGGAGCUCAUUCAAACGUGCUUCAUUUCGGCCACGGAAUUCGGCCAGCGUUCACUACUAUACAUGGACGCCAACCGACGACAGAUGAACAACAUCCAGCUGACCAAGCUGGCGCUGGACUGGGUCAGCUUCAUCUGCGAUGACUGCGUGGCGUCGGAUCGAAGAACAUUCAGGUGGGCGGUGACUGCUCUCGAGUUUGCCAUGGGCAUGACUCGCGGGCGCCACAUCUUGGGCCUGGGUCAGGAGGAGUAUGAAAGGGUGCGUGCCAAGGUCGGCGGGUGCAUGUCUGUCCUGAUCUCGCACUUUGACAUUAUGGGGGCAAGAUCCAGCUUGGCCGCCCAAGCCGAGAAGGAAAGAAUCGAGAAUCUUGUGAGUCAAUUUAGGAAGGACAAGAACAAGAUGCUAGACGACGAGGAGGCCACGCUGGGCGUUACCGAGCAGCGACUGGAGAAGCUCAUUCGCGUGGACGAGUUUCGGCAAGACAAGGAGGCCGAGCGGCGAGCACUGGGCCGAGUGCUGGAGACGAACAACGAGGCCGACCGAUCGCUAGCCUAUCUAUCGGCAUCUGCAACAAACGUCACGGUACGAUGGCAGCAGGGCCAGUUUGUGGGCGGAGGCACAUUUGGCAACGUGUACGCAGCUAUGAACUUGGACACGGGCCACCUGAUGGCGGUCAAGGAGAUUCGACUCCAGGACCCCAAGCUGAUCCCUACGAUUGCCGAGUCGAUUCGCGAGGAGAUGCGCGUGCUGGAAGUGCUGGACCACCCCAACGUUGUAUCAUAUCACGGCAUCGAAGUGCACCGAGAUCGCGUGUACAUCUUUAUGGAGUUUUGCUCUGGAGGGUCCCUGGCCAGCCUGCUGGAACACGGCCGCAUCGAAGAGGAAGAGGUCAUCAUGGUGUAUGCGCUGCAGCUGCUCGAGGGUCUCGCAUAUUUGCACGAGAGUGGAAUUGCUCAUCGAGAUAUUAAGCCUGAGAACAUUCUUCUCGACCACAAUGGCAUUAUCAAGUAUGUGGACUUUGGCGCUGCCAAACUCAUUGCUCGUCAGGGGCGAACAAUGGCCGCCGAUCUACACGCCACAAAGCCAAACAAGUCCAUGACCGGAACUCCCAUGUACAUGUCGCCAGAGGUGAUCAAAGGCGAUAACCCCGGUAAGGCUGGGGCGGUGGACAUUUGGUCCCUGGGAUGCGUGAUUCUCGAAAUGGCAACGGGACGACGGCCAUGGGCCAAUCUGGACAACGAAUGGGCCAUCAUGUACAACAUUGCUCAGGGCAACCCACCGCAGCUCCCGUCCCCGGAGCAGCUCAGCCCUCAGGGUAUCGACUUCCUCACCAAGUGCUUUACACGAGAUCCUAAGCAGAGAUCGACGGCAAUAGAACUACUGCAGCAUGAGUGGAUAAUGACCAUCAGAAACCAAGUAGUCGAGCCAGCGACACCCAGCGAUGCUAGUGGAUCGUCUCUGUCGCCGUUUGUGUCGGCCACCUCGACCAGGACUAGCAUUGGGCCAGAUGGAUUUUACUAG